GUCACACUCUCGAAGAGUAAAACACUCUUCCCUGUCCAGGUGUCACAAAGUACCCCUUCCCUUUGCCGGGCGACCCAUAUAAAUGCUUCGCAAUGCCCGAAUCUCCACCACGCCUCCCCGAAACAUACCAAACAAAAAUGCAUCGGGUCAAAUUCUCCCUCCGAUUCCUGAAACCCAAUUCACCCAAUUACCUGAAACCCAGACCCUUUUCAACCCAUUUAGAAAGUUCCGGGUCCAUGGUUUGCCACCUGAAGGCCCGGUCCGUAAUCCGGUUCAAAGGACCCGACACUGUCAAGUUCUUGCAAGGCUUAGUCACCAACGAUGUGCGCAGGCUUAGCGAACCUUCAACUGAUAAUCGGAGCUUCGGCGCCGUUGGAACGCCGAACUUCCCGGCUGUGGCAGUGCCACCGGUAUACGCAGCUUUAUUGACUGCACAAGGGAGGUUUAUGCACGACAUGUUUCUUUACAGGCCGCCCCAACCCGAUGAGAAGCUCAACAGUACCGGGUCAGGUCCCGGCCCUAUCCCGGAAGAGUUCGAGCUCUUUGCUGACGUCGAUGCUUCUUCUUUGGAUGAACUGUUGGAAGUAUUAAAAAAAUAUCGAUUGCGGUCCAAAGUUGAUAUCGACAGUGUUGCAGAAGAUUUCUCCUGCUGGCAAAGAUUUGGUUGGAACCUUAGUGAGAAGUCCUCAUCUGCUGAAGAACCAGAAGCUGCAUCAGUUGGGUGGGGUGGUUCUGUUGAUCACGCAGGAGUGGCAUCUUCAGGGGGGAAUAAAUGUGGAUGGGAAUGGUAUAAGGAUCCAAGAUUAGAUUGCCUUGGAUUUAGGGGAAUUUUUCCUUCCAAUGAAACAGCACCUCUAGUUGAAGCAGAUAAAGAAGCUGAUGAAAAGCACUAUCUUCUGUGGAGAUUAGAGAAGGGAGUUGCAGAAGGACCCUCAGAGAUUCCAAAAGGCGAGGCGAUUCCCCUUGAAUACAACCUGGCUGGUUUAAAUGGUAUUAGCUUUGACAAAGGGUGUUACGUAGGGCAAGAAUUGAUUGCCCGUACACAUCACCGUGGUGUCAUUCGAAAGAGACUGCUUCCUUUACGAUUUCUGGAUGAUCAAGGAAGGGAGGUGGGAGAAAAAGUAGUUCCACAGUCGGAAGUAAUUGAUGUAGCAUCUCGAAAGAAGGUCGGGACCGUCACAACUGCACUUGGCUUCCGUGGUCUUGGCCUUCUACGCUUGGAGGAAGCCUUUAAAGGGGCAGGCUUUCUGGCCAUACAAGGACAAGAUGGUGUCAGGGUCAAGUCUAACAGACCAGAAUGGUGGCCAGCUGAGUGGUAUUUAGAUCAUCAACAGAGUGCAGCAGCUUAGGAAUUUAAUUUCAGAAGCUGAAUAUCCUUCUUCCUUCGUGGUUCUUUAGCUUACCUUUAGCUUCUUCUGUAGUAAGUGAAGAUUAGUGACUUUCUGCCGAAAGGAAAAUAAGAGGAGCUGCUUACCAAUUUCGCAGCUAGUAUGCGAUAUCAAUUUUGUACGUCGUAUUAACUGAACCAAGGGAACCAACCUUUGGAUCGGUGGCUGGAUAUUGGACAGGUUUGUCGAUGUUAGUAAUAAUUGUUCAAGUACUCGAAUGAUAGUUAGAACUUGGAUAGCAA